AAACAGUAUUAUUCGGUGCUCUUUAUAUACUACUAACAUCAAAUAUGCAUGCUCAUACUGGUGAAAACACAAGUGAUACAGGAAUAAUUACAAAUAAUAAUAGCAAUGACUCGUUAACAUCACUUCCGACUGGUUCAGCUACAACAUCAACAGGUAGUCUUAUUGCAGCAACCACAUCAACAUACUCACUACUGUCAGAUGCAAGUGCUACAUCACUGCCAUUGUCAGAAGACACAGCAUCAGAUGCAUCUCAGUCAUCAUUGCAUUCAUCUACACCUUUGUCUGUGUCUUCAGCACGUUUAAACCCCAAGCAAAGACCAUAUGGAUCCAAUGUCAGGUUCAACCUGCCGCGUCAUGAUCCACGAGAGUCAUUAGAGCGUCAGAUCCAGCUAUUGCAAUUAACAAAUCAAGAGCUUGUUGCUGCCAACGAAGCCUGCACGCAAUCCUACGAAUCAAAAAUCAAAGAACUAAACAACACAAUUGUCAACUGCCAAAGUCAAAUUACUCUGGGAAACUCUGUUGCACUAGCUAAAUCACAGGAAAUUGAUCAUUUAUACGAUCAACUUCAAAAAGCAAUGUCGCCAAAAGCGAAUCAAGAAAACACAUCUUGGACCGAUUCUUCUAUCAAUGAUAGUUUAAUCACUAGUAAAUUGAAUGUUGAGCUUUUGCAAAAGAAUGCUCAGCUCAGAGAUCAAUUGCAUGAAGCACAACAAAAGGUCAAUCAAUUUGAAUCUUUUGGGUAUCAAUCCACCAAAACUACAGUUGGAUCUACUACCAAUCAAAAAAAGCCCGCAUUAGCCACACGCACUGUUUUUCUGGAGAAAAGAACGCAAACAGAUCAGCCAACGUAUGCAAGUGAUCAAGCUAUGGCUGAUCAGGAAAAAACCAUGUGUGAAUUAUUAGGCGAGCGACAGUGGUUGUUGAAAUCACUUACAAUCGCACAAGAAAAAAACAAGACUCUUGACAAAAAUCUAAAACAACUCUCUUCAACUACCCAAGAGCUAGAAUUAAAAUUUAGCACUUUGAUGGGUGAGACUGAGGUUGCAAUGGCUACAGAACGAAUUUCUCGUGAUACAAUCCAGGAACAAAAAGAAACCAUUUCACGCUACUCGGACCAAGUACUUGAGCUUGCUAAACAAGUGGAUGCAUACCGUGAUCAAGUAGAUCGGCUUCAUGAUGAACAUCAGCAGUAUAAACGUGCUCAGUCGGUGAUUCAUCAUAUGAGCCAAGUCCAUGUGCAUCAUCUGAAAGCUAGUCUAAAAGAUUUAGACAAUAACACGAUUUGUGAAGAAAAUAACCGUGUAAAACCUUUGGAUGGAUCUCGGUAUGGACAACCCUCUAUGGAUCCAAUAACUACUGUUGAAAUUCAGUGGCUCGCUGACCGGAAAAAAUACGAAGAAGAGAAAAAAAUGCUGCAACAUACAAUCCAGUCUCUUGAGCGAGAAAAUAGUUUAAUCCAGCAGAAACUGGCAGAGACUUUGAGUAAUACGUACAAUGAGACCGAAUGGACAUUGAUGUAUGCCAAAUUUACAAUCCUACAGGAUGAAUGCAACAAAGCCAAUUCUAAAGUAGAAUCACAAAACUGCAUCAUUGAAGCAUUGAAAAAUCAGCUUGGUGAAUUGGAGUCUACAAGUGAAACACAUCAAAAAGUAGCCAAGACAUUCAAGGAUCGCAUAGCUGUAUUCAAAAACAAUCUAUCAAGUCGAGAUAAAAGUCUAAAAGAUGCACUAUCAAAACUUGCCGAGUACGAAAAACAAAUCAGUGAUCAAAAGGCCAAAACGAAACAAAUUAGUUUAUUACAAGUUCAUAAAGAUGCAAUUAUCAAGGAUUUAAAAUUGAAGCUUGAUUCCCAAUCAUCCAUACAAGAUACAACAAAAGCAAUUUCAUCAGCAGAACAGACUGUUUUGGACGAAAUCAAAGCUUGUCGACAGGAAAUUACACGAAAAAGUCUGAUUAUCCAAAGUUUGAAAAUCAGAGUGCAAGCAUUAGAAAAGGAACUUGCUAGUUUAAAGGACUCUACUAAAGAUCUUGCUGGCUCAAAGUCUUGUGAUACACUCAACUCGCAACUUCGAAGUGCUCGUCAACGUGUCAAAGAAAGUGAAGCAUAUAUUGAAAAGUAUGGCAAUCGUAAUCAGCAGCUGAUGGAGACUUUGGAGAGACUGGUCACAUACAUGCAUAAACACAAACCAUCCGCCACCGUCGAUUUAUUUAGUGGUAGAGCAGCCACACAUUUAAGCAAUGUAGAGACAUUGAGCGUAGAUGGAAAUGCAACCAUAAAUUGUGAUCCGGACGAAGUCCUCCGAGCUGCUAGAGAAAUUUCAAAAAAGUUUUUUGAAAUGGACCUGAGUCAAAUGCUGACGAAUUCUAGUCCAGAGCUUGAAUCAAAUAGUUUAACACGACUGCAUCAAAUCCUUUUGCAAUCUGAAUUCAAAGAAGAUUUAUUUUCUUAUUUUGCCGACUUGGUGCAGAUGUAUAUUUAAAUAGCUUAGUAAAGGAGUAAGACUGCCAAAUUUUAUAUCC